AUGAUGAACAAGAAAGGCCUAAUGGACAUUGAUAUGGUCUAUAUUGCCGCCUUCAUCAUCCUCACAUUCCUGAGCUCACUCUGUCGAUCCGACAACCAGCUAACACAAACAAAGCCACUGUUGCCCAAAGACACGCUCAUCUCGGAGGGCGGAGACUUUGCUCUUGGCUUCUUUUCCCCUACCGACUCCAGCAAGAAGCUGUACAUAGGAAUCUGCGAAGCUCGCCAUCACCGGCAACUCAGAGCUGGUGUUGUCAGAUUCCCAAGGCCACACUCUUUGGACGGCAAAGGAAACACAGGUGGAGGAGGCGCCGGAGCUUCCGCGGUGCUACUCAGCUCCGGGAACUUUGUCCUUCGGUCGCCGAACGGCACGGAGCUAUGGCAAAGCUUCGAUCACCCGACCGAUAACGUUCUUCCAACCAUGAGGGUCCUGCUAAGCUACAAGGCACAACCGGCGACACACUUAUUUGCAUGGAAGGGCCCUAACGAUCCAUCAACCGGAGAUUUCUCUCUUGGCAUGGAUCCCACCUCAAACCUUCAGCUAUUCAUUUGGAAUGGGGCGUUGCCAUACUUCCGUUUCCCUGUUGUUAAUGGCAACCCGGUAUCCGGUGGCAUGCAACAAAUCAAUGGCGUCGACGUGAUCUUGUACCAAACAACUAUCAACACGGCGGACAAGUUGUACUAUAUGUACACCGUCUCGCCUGGCUCACCAUACAUCCGCAUUUCGUUGGACUAUACAGGCAAUGGGAGGCUCCUCACUUGGAACAGCACCACUUCGUCAUGGGCAAUCAUCAUUGAGGUUCCUAAUGGCUGUGAUCUCUACGCCUCUUGUGGUCCGUUCGGCUGUUGUGACCGCACGGAGGCAAUCCCGACAUGCCGGUGUCUUGACGGUUUUGAGCUCCUUGACAGUCUCAACUUCUCUAGAGGAUGCCAGAGAAGGGAAGCACUAGAAUGUGGAAAGGAAGACUACUUCAUGGCCAUGCCUAAUAUGAAGCUUCCUGACAAGUUCCUGCACAUUAGGAAUAGAAGCUUCCAGCAGUGUGCAGCUGAGUGCACUAGAAACUGCUCGUGUAUGGCAUACACCUACGCCAACCUAACCAAUGGUGAUACUAUGGGCGACACAUCGAGGUGUUUGGUUUGGGCUGGGGAUCUCAUCGACAUGGGGAAGCAAAUCUUUGAAGAGGUCUUGUACAUUCGACUUGGCAAAUCUCCUGAUCAAAACACGAUCAAUUUGCUGAACAUUUUACUCCCGAUCAUAGCAUGUGUGCUACUACUUGCACUCGGAGCGCUUGUUUGGGCAUGGAAAACAACAGGCAAACGACAAAAGAAGAGAAGGAUGCUAGAAUACUUGAGUUCUAUGGAUGAAUCUGGUGACAAGAACAUAAUAGAGUUCCCAUUUAUUAGCUUUGAAAACAUUGCAAUAGCAACAGAUAAUUUCUCUGAUUGCAAUAUGAUUGGGAGAGGAGGUUUUGGCAAAGUAUACAAGGGAAUGUUGGAAGGCACAAAGGAAGUAGUUGUCAAGAGACUGAGCAAGGGUUCUGGGCAAGGCACCGAGGAGUUAAAAAAUGAAGUAGUCUUAAUUGCAAAGUUGCAGCACAAGAAUCUAGUUAAGCUUCUUGGUUGUUGUAUUCAUGAAGAUGAGAAGCUAUUAGUUUAUGAGUACCUACCCAACAAAAGUUUGGAUUACUUCCUCUUUGAGUGGAGGAAACGUGAAAUGCUGAAAUGGCCACAACGGGUUUCUGCUGCCAUUGGUGUUGCGAGAGGGGUUCAGUUUUUGCAUAAUGUGACUGCUUCAGGGAUCGUACAGAAUAAUCUCAACAUAGAAAAUAUCCUGCUCGACAAGACCCUCACAUCGAAGAUCAAUGACUUCAGUCUUCCAAUGAUAUCAACUAGCAAGAACGGCAAGAUUUUCUCAGAGACCCCAUUUGCUGUCCAUGAAGAUAAUGAUAUUGGCAGUGCUGACAAUGCGGAACAAGGUGACAAGCAAGACAUCUACCAGAUUGGCCUAAUUCUCCUGGAGGUGAUCACAGGCAAACCAACAGAGUCCCAAAGCCAACUGGAGUCCCUGAAAGCUCAGCUAAGCGAGGCCCUGACGGAAGACCCAGAUAGGCUGAAAGACAUGGCAGACCCGGCGAUCCAUGGUACUUUUGCAGUGGACUCCCUGAGCACAGUCGCCGAGAUAGCCCUCAACUGCACGGCUGCUAACCCAAGCGACCGGCCUUCCAUCGACGACGUACUCUGGAACCUGCAGUACUCCAUGCAAGUGCAGGAUGGGUGGGCGAGCAGCGAGAGCUUAGGCUUGAGUGUCAAAUCUCAGGCUUAG